AUGGCGCGCACCCAUCAUAUUACUCGCAAGAAAGCCGCAAGCAAAAAGAAGUCUUUCAAGGUCAUAUCUAAGCACUUCAGCAAGGUUGACGGCAUGGACAAGCUGCGACUGCAACUUACAUCCGCUGGCGCUAGGAUAGUCAAGACUCUUCGCCAGGGCUUCAUGGUCGAGAUGACUGGCGAGCAAAGAGACCACCUCAACACCAGUUCCAUGGGUAUCCACAUCACUGAAUUGCAUGUUCAAGGGGACUCAAGUUCUGACCUCACGACAUCGUCCAGUUCUUGA